UCUCACAUAAAAAGGGCUUGCAGGCUGACUGAGGAAGGGUGUUUUUUUCUUCUCUAUAUUCAGUCCUUUCUUUCAUGCUGUGUGUACGGUGCAUGUUUCCUCAGACAGAGUCUCCAGGAUCACUUUGAGGAUAUAACAAGCCGAAUGUUGAAUUUGACGGAUCACAGGGAAUCAGCGCCUGAGAAGAAGAUUGCGGAACAAAACAUGUCUGUAAAUUCAACGAUUGACGACUGCAAAAUACCCAAUAAUUCCACAUAUGAAGUCCUCUCCUGGGUGAUGGUUGGAGAGUUCGUGCUGGGUCUGCCUCUCAACCUGUCGGUCCUCUACAUCUUCAUCUUCAGGUACAAGUUCUGGAAGAACAAAAGUAUCUUCCUGUUCAAUAUUGUGGUUGCGGACUUCUUGCUGAUGGUCAUUCUUCCUGCCAAGGUUUACCAUUACCAAAAUGGCCAGAGACGCAGCCCAAUUAAAGCCGUGUGUAAGACGAUGCACUUCAUGCUGUUUCUCAACCGAGGGGCCAGCAUCGCCUUCCUCAUCACGCUCUCCAUCGACCGAUACUUCAAUGUGGUUCAUCUCGGGAGGAGGAACUUUGUCAAAGUGCUGAAGAAAACGCCUCAAAUCUCCAUCCUCAUCUGGGUUCUCUUGCUGCCCCUCACCAUCCCCACUAUGGUCAAAACGUUUGAGUGCUGCAACAGCCACGGCCGUAAAGAAGAGACGCCUUCUCACGACGUGACGGACACCUUUAGAGAGAUUGUCUACUUCGCGCAGAUCAUCAUCCCCUUCAUCAUCCUCGUCUACUGCAGUGUGCGCAUCGUGAACCGGCUGCGGAGGAAGACCGUGGGCGAGAAGACGAAACUGAGGCGAGCGGUGCUGGUGGUCAUAUCGGUCGUUGUCGUGUUCGCCCUCUGCUUCCUGCCAAGCACUAUAGCCAGAGCGGUGCUGCUGGCCGUCAGGCUGAUGGACUUGCAGGUCGAAGAGGACGUUGUGGUUCAGGUGUACGACAGCCUCAUGGUGCUGUCUUACAGCGACUGCCUGCUGGACCCGCUGGUUUACUGCUUUUGUAAAUCAGGGUUCAAAGACGCUUACAUUUCCACCUUCUGUCCCCAGUUUCUACAGAGGAAACUGUUGAAAGCUGACUUUGGAUUGGGAACAACAACCACAACAACCAUAACUAUGAACUCUGGUAAUAGAACUGUGUCCUUGCCGAUAGUAGAGAAAUGAUCAUGUAUAUCCCUUCGGGGUGUUUGUUACUGUGAGCCAAACCACUGUUCCACAUAGGUGUUUUCAGCAGCCCUAGCAGAUUACACUUUUUCUCAGAAAACAUCGGAUUAUGCGAUACUGAUAAAUGCAAUUGACUCUAAGGCUGAAACACAUCACCGACGCCUCCUCCGCAGAGCUCAUCAUGUACGGGCAUAAUCUUUAUAUGAUCAAACCACAUCGACAAGAAUGCAGGGCAUGCUCAUCGUUUAUCUGGAACUGGUGUUGUUCCUUGGUAUGUGCGCACCACAUACACACACACACACACACACACACACACACACACACACACACAGUGUCGAUAUUGUUUUCCAUUGGACUAUUGGUGCGUUCAUAAAAUAUUGACAUAAAGAGUUUUAUAAUGAAUAACCAUCAUUAAUCAGUAAUAUAGAUAUGAUGACUUAGUUGGUGCAAAUCAAAGAUAUCAAAUUCACUUUCCAGUAAUGCAGCCUUUAAAACCAAGAAAAAACAACACCAUAUUACGAUAUUAUGAUGACGACAUCUAGUCUCAUAGAACAAUAUAUUUACAAUCCCCAGCCCUAGUCUGUGUACAAUGAAUCAGAAAUUGAUAUCUCAAAUGUGGACUAUCGCUAACCAAGUUGCUGGAGGUGCAAUCUUUUUUCGGAGAGGAAACGUGUUAAAAUAAACGUUUGAAUAACAUUUUUAGAGCUGCAAAUUGUGUACUGUGGAAGUAUCUGCAAACAGUUUGGGCGUCUUUAUGUGGAUUAUCAGGGACGUGUACUCAUAUAGCUCAUGUAAUGUGGCUGCUUCCGUUAGAAUGUAAAAUCCAAUAAGAAAAAAUUGAUUAUAAGCGCAAAGCAUUUUUUUAUAUUUAUUUUUUAUAAUAUUAUUGAGUUUAUUGUAUAAAGGCAUUUUAAUUUAUUAGCAUAUAUUUCAAGCCAGGAUUUAGGGUUAUAGGGCAUUUCAGUUGUGAUUGCAUUCUACCACUACUUUGUACCUAUAAUUACAAAGUAUUCAGCAGUCAAGUAAAACAUGCUCUGCAGGUACUUUUGCAGUGUUUGCAAAACUCUCAUGUAUCACUCAGGAAACUCUAUAUCUCUGCAUUCAUCAUCAUUACCUCAAACCACUUUCACCCGUCCUCAUUGAGAUUUACCACCAGUGAACUGUACAUUUCAAUAUUUCACAAUUGCGGCUUCAAAGUGUUGGAAUGCAUUUCUUCAAUUGACUCGAUUUGUUUCCUUUUUUAUAAGUCAGAGUAAGAAGAGCCUUUCUGUUUCGUGAGAUGAGGUCAUCAUGUCAAACCUACGUGGACUGCAAAGACCUGGAAGGCUGUUUUAAACGCUUGUCAUUAAGGCUGUAUACAAACAUGUGAUGUUGAUUAUCAAAAAAUAAUUAUUUGUAUAAGAUUGAGGUACCGACUGGGGAUGUUUGUACUGCUGCUGUAAAUAAAGAGAAUUCAUGUCUUGGCAAUGCAACGACAUGCAGAGCUUUUACUGUGAAACCA